GAGAAUGUCUAAUGACCAUGUAAUAGGAAACGGUUAAUUUAGACAAGAAAGAGAGGAAUAAACGGCAAAAAUGAAGCGUUGAGAGAUGAGAGGCUAAGAACAUUUCACUCCCUCCAUCUCUUUUGCAUCUCCUCAUGUCUCUUCCUCUCUCUCUGCUUUUCCAGGCUGAGACACUAUUAAGGGAAUAAACCAAACUAACGUUUACAAUAGACAAGCCAAUUAAAGUCCUCUUUGAAUCUUGGAACAUUACUAAUUGUUUUCUUUUAGAGUUUGUGAUUCGUAUUCUAGGAACUAACACUUAAUGUCACAUGCAUUUAAACAUGAGUUUGACAUGAUUUGAUUUUUCCUCGCUUUGUCUUUUAAAUCAACAAGGAAGCGUUUGAUCAUCUCAGGCAAGAGCUGUCUUAUAACCAAAAGAUAUUCCAAAGAUGGACUUAGCUUCCAAGAAGAGCACAUCUAAUGACACCACCAAGGAGAUAGACCCUACCUUGAUACCCAAGUCACCUCACGCUCCAUUUUCUCUUAAACUAGGAGACAAUGUUCCGAGAAACCCUCAUUUUGAUCUCAAAAAGAUGGAUCCCCUCGUCAGACACCAACCCACAAAGUCACCUGAACCCCCCACCGCAACCAGAGGGGGAACCAACGAGGCUGAUUCAAAGCACAGCGAAGGUGAUGGCUUAGGAACGAGGAAGAAUCUUCCUAAAAAUCUUCACUAUGAUCCCAAGAAGAUUGUUCCAUUAACCACACCUGAAACACCCUCACCAAGCGCCAGAACUCAUCCUCAACGUAGGACAAAAUCUCCAGACAACAAGAGAGCCCCCAGACACAAUGCAGACUCUGCCUAUGGUGAUUGCCCUUCAGCUACACCUUUCAAGCCUCACACGGGAGGUGACGUGAGAUGGGACGCCAUUAACUCGGUUACUUCAAGAGGGCCUCAGAUAGGUCUAGACAGCUUCAGGCUUCUGAAACGUCUAGGGUAUGGGGACAUAGGCAGCGUCUAUCUCGCUGACUUGCAAGGGACAAGUGCGGUUUUCGCAAUAAAGGUGAUGGAUAAGGCCUCGUUGGCUAGUAGAAACAAGUUGCCGAGGGCUCAGACCGAAAGAGAGAUCUUAUCCUUGCUUGAUCAUCCCUUCUUGCCAACGCUUUAUUCUUACUUUGAGACAGAUAAGCUCUACUGCCUUGUCAUGGAGUUCUGCAGCGGAGGAAAUCUACAUUCUCUCAGACAGAAACAGCCCAACAGGCGUUUCACAGAAGAGGCCGCGAGGUUCUACGCGUCUGAAGUGUUACUAGCAUUGGAGUAUCUACACAUGUUGGGGGUUGUAUACAGAGACUUGAAGCCAGAGAACAUCUUAGUUCGAGACGAAGGCCACAUAAUGCUUUCAGACUUUGACCUUUCCCUCCGUUGCACCUUUAACCCAACCCUCGUGAAGUCCUCCUCCGUCUGUAGCGGAGGAGGAGCUAUCCUCAACGAGGAGUUCGCCGUCAACGGCUGCAUGCAUCCCUCAGCCUUCCUCCCACGUCUCCUCCCUUCCAAGAAAACACGCAAAGCCAAAUCAGACUCCGGCCUUAACGGCCUCUCCAUGCCAGAGCUCAUGGCAGAGCCAACGGAUGUACGGUCAAUGUCCUUUGUGGGCACACACGAGUACUUAGCUCCAGAGAUCAUACGUGGAGAGGGACAUGGAAGUGCUGUAGACUGGUGGACGUUCGGGAUCUUCCUCUUCGAGCUCUUACACGGAACAACACCGUUCAAAGGACCAGGGAAUAGAGACACGCUCCACAACGUUGUUGGUCGGCCCUUGAAGUUCCCAGACCUCCCUCACGUGAGCUCAGCGGCGCGUGAUCUCAUUCGCGGUCUUCUAGUGAAGGAUCCUCACAGGAGAAUCGCUUACACAAGAGGAGCUACGGAGAUAAAGCAACACCCUUUCUUUGAAGGUGUUAAUUGGGCUCUGGUGCGUAGCGCUGCACCGCCGCACAUUCCUGACCCUGUUGACUUGGGACCGUUGACUGCUGCUAGAGGGAAGUCCAAGGGACAUGGAAGUAGUGAUCACUAUAAUAACCCAAUGAAGCCUGAUGCUCAGGUCGCUUGUGCUGCUGGUCCUGCUACUCCCACUGAUGAUACUGCUUAUGUAGACUUUGAGUACUUUUAGACACAGCAACACCCUAAGCUUGAGAGAUUCUAUAUGUUUUUCUUGUUCAUACUCUUAAUUUUUUUGACUAAUGCAGUUUGUGCUAUGUAAAGAGAAACAAAUGACUUUAUUUGUCCACAAGAAAAUUACUGAAGCUUUAA